GAAUCAAACCAUCAACAUGGACACACCUAGGCUCUCAUUGAAGCGACACUGUUCGGAUCUCGAAGGCGGUGAUCCAGAGAUCAAAAAAUUUCAUGGGAUUCCGGAAUCGAGAAAACCAGAAACCAGAAGCUAGACUGUUUAUCCAUGGAGUCGGGGUUUGAUAAAGAGAAAUCCUCGCUGAAGGAUCGUCCUCCGUUAGUCUAUCUCGAAUUGGGCAAUCAAGUGGCCACUGUGCGGAACGAGCCACUGGAUAAUAUUUCCCUGGAAGAUGAUGCAGAGCUGAAGUCAAAUGUGCAGAAGUUGCUGGGUCUGAUAGCGACACGGCGAAGGCUGUACACCCCCGAGGAGUACUGCGCGCCGGAACUGGAGGAACUGACAUCAAAGGACACUCAUCCACUGAAUAAUUCCACUUUCUCGCCCGCACAGCCAGCCAUUCUCUCCUCCACCUGGUCAAGUCUGAAUCUAGCGAACCCCCAUCCGCCGACCCUGGUGGAGCGUCGGGCGAAGGAGCGCAACGAUAUCCUGGUGGAGACCGAUGCCAAUAUAGCAGAGAUGGAGACGCCGGACUUUCUUAAAAAGAUCGACCUGAGCGAGUUGCCCAGCAGAGAGGAGAUGGCCUCCAUUUGUGGCCGGCACAAGAGUAGCAUCGCCUGCUUGGAGCGGCACCCGAACUUCUACAGAUUCGUCGAGUCGCUCCACCCCACGACCCCGAUCAACAUGUGUCAUCCGCUUGCGCUAACCUACCGGGAGAGGAGUUUCAAAAGCUGCAAGGAGGAACUGGCCAAGACGUUGUUCAACAUCUUCAACCACGCCAUCUUUCAGUGCGGCCUCCAUGCGCCUAUCGUUUGGAAGAGCUCCUUGCGCAAAUCCUGUGAACGAGUCGCCAUCGAUGCCUCUGGACAGCGGUCCGCCUACAUCCUGCUUUGGAAAAAGAUAAGUCAGCCGGGGAUGCUCAUUAAGAUGCUCCUGCACGAAAUGUGCCAUGCCGCGGCCUUUGUCUUUAACCGGGAGACGGGACAUGGCGAUCAUUGCCGCAGAUGGGUCUACCAGGCGAAGAGGGCAAUGCCGGAGCUGCCGACGAUCGCUGACUGUGACCCCCAUUUUAAGUAUACAUGCACCUUGUGCGCCCGGUGGUCCUACGGGCGGAUUGAUUUUGGGACGGCUACGACUCGCUGUCACUACUGCCAGUUUGAGGUGAUCACGAAACCAUUUCAGAAAGCGGACAAGCACACGGGAACCCGACCAGAUCGGACGUUAACUCCAUUCAAGGCCUUUAUUCGGGACAGUUACUUGAAGCUGGACGGGAUGGAAAAUAUUACGCAUAGCGCUAAAAUGAGACUCCUUAACGAAGAGUUCUUAAAAAUAAGAGUUUCACCUGGUUAGAAAGCAGCCCUCUGGUUACCUUUUAUUUAAUUUAUAUUUUUAGUUUUGCUACUUAUUCACAAAUUGUGUUUAUAUUUAAUAAUAAUACAGAUUGGUGUACUUGUACUUA